UAUUAAGAACCUAAAAUGAACGAAGAAAACACAAUCAAACAUGCACGCGAAACACAUCCGAGAAAAAAUUAGGCAAAAGCUCAUCGUAGGUGAAGCUUUCAACUCUGAAUCUGUAGGCCUGUGCCAUGUGUUGUUGGUGCUGCUGCCUUGAGUGCAUCCAUAACAUCCCUCCCAUCAGCCUCAUCUUCCACCACUUCUCCGAUUCGCUCCCGUCCUCAGCUCCGGGAAGAGAAGAGGAAGAAGAAGAAGAAGAAGAAGCGCCUGUCACCUCCAUGGCUUCCAUCUCUGUCCCAGACCCAGUCCCUGCCCCGACUGAAGAUGCAGAGAACAUACGGAAAGCAGUAGAAGGAUGGGGGACGGACGAGAAGGCGCUGAUCGAGAUACUAGGCCACCGGACGGCGGCGCAGCGCGCGGAGAUCGCGGUGGCGUACGAGGGCCUCUACGAUCAGCCUCUCAUCGGCCGCCUCCAAGACGAGCUCUCCAGCCACUUCCGGGGCGCGAUGAUGCUGUGGACGAUGGACCCGGCGGCGCGGGACGCCAAGCUGGCCUACAAGGCGCUGAGGAAGAAAGGGGGAGACCGCCACGCCUGGGUGCUCAUCGAGGUGGCCUGCGCCUCGUCUCCCGACCACCUCGUCGCCGUCAGGAAGGCCUACUGCUCCGCCUACGAGUCCUCGCUGGAGGAGGACGUGGCCGCCUGCUCGCUCUACAAGGAUCCCCUCAAGCAGUUCUUGGUGCGGCUGGUGAGCUCGUACCGGUACGCCGGCGGCGAGCACGUGGACGACGAGCUGGCGAGGGCGGAGGCGGCCGAGCUGCACGGCGCGGUGGUGGCCCAGAAGCAGCCACUGCACGGGGACGUGGUCCGCGUAAUCAGCUCCAGGAGCAAGCCGCAGCUCAAGGCCACGUUCCAGCACUACAAGCAACACCACGGCAAAUCCUUCGACGAGGUACUUGAAGGAAAUCGCAACGACCAGCUCUCGGCUAUGCUGAAAACCGCGGUUUGGUGCCUGACAACGCCUGAGAAGCAUUUCGCAGAGGUGAUCCGGAACUCGAUUGUCGGGCUGGGCACUGACGAGGAGUCCCUGACGAGGGGGAUCGUCUCACGGGCCGAGAUCGACAUGAAGAAAGUGAAGGAGGAAUACAAGGCUAGGUUCAAAACGACUGUUACCAACGACAUCAUUGGCGACACCUCAGGAUACUACAAGGACAUCCUGCUCACCCUCGUCGGGCCCGAGUAGCCAUCAUGGAAUGCUCGGAGGACGAUGAUUGGACAUUGUGUGCAUCUUUCCUAUUUCCUUGAACAGAAUGGCAUCCUGCUCUGUAUGAUCUAUCUAGGGAUUGAAAUGUAGAUGUACUGAAUGAAUAAGAACCAUGAUCAUUCAUUUGCUGUACUCCA